CUGGGCAGAGGCAGCAGGCGCCGCGAGGCUGUCGCAGAGGGCGCCCUCUCCCACCCUCCUUGCCCCGCUGCCCGCCCGCGGCUUCGAGGAGGGGGCAAGACCUGCGCCCCUCGUCAGCCCAGCCCAGCCCGCCCAGCCCAGGAAGACGACGAGUCGGGAGGAUGGAGGUGCCUCGCCUGGACCAUCCCCGGAGCAGCCCGGCCAGCCCCUGCGAGGAUGUCCUCAAGAACCUCAGCCUGGAGGCGAUUCAGCUCUGCGACCGGGACGGGAAUAAAUCGCAAGACAGUGGGAUUGCAGAGAUGGAGGAGCUGCCAGUCCCACACAACAUCACGAUUAGCAACAUCACUUGCGACUCCUUCAAGAUUGCCUGGGACAUGGAUUCCAAAUCCAAGGAGCGCAUCACUCACUAUUUCAUCGAUCUAAACAAGAAAGAAAACAAGAAUUCCAACAAGUUUAAGCACAAGGACGUGCCUACGAAGCUGGUGGCAAAAGCAGUUCCCUUGCCCAUGACUGUUCGUGGUCACUGGUUCCUGAGCCCACGGACCGAAUACACAGUGGCUGUCCAGACAGCAUCGAAGCAAGUUGAUGGUGAUUACACGGUUUCAGAAUGGAGCGAGAUUAUAGAAUUCUGCACAGCAGAUUAUUCCAAGGUCCACUUAACACAACUUUUGGAAAAAGCAGAAGUGAUUGCAGGGCGCAUGCUUAAAUUUUCAGUCUUUUAUCGGAAUCAGCACAAAGAAUACUUUGACUACAUCAGAGAGCAGCACGGGAGUGUCCUGCAGCCUUCGGUUAAGGACAACAGCGGCAGCCACGGCUCUCCCAUCAGUGGGAAGCUGGAGGGGAUCUUCUUUAGUUGCAACACUGAAUUCAACACCGGAAAGCCCCCACAAGAUUCGCCUUAUGGAAGGUACCGGUUUGAGAUUGCGGCCGAGAAACUUUUCAACCCAAACACUAAUUUGUACUUUGGGGACUUCUACUGCAUGUACACAGCCUACCACUACGUCAUUCUGGUGCUUGCCCCGGUGGGCUCGCUGGGGGAUGAAUUCUGUAAGCAGCGCCUCCCUCAGCUGAACUUGCAGGAUAACAAAUUUCUGACCUGCACUGAAGAAGACGGGGCCAUGGUUUACCACCAUGCGCAGGAUGUCAUCUUGGAAGUGAUUUACACUGACCCGGUAAAUCUCUCCCUUGGCACAGUGGCAGAAAUCACUGGCCAUCAGCUAAUGAGCUUGUCGACUGCCAACGCUAAGAAAGACCCAAGCUGCAAGACGUGUAACAUCAGUGUGGGUCGUUAAUUUCAACCUCCACCCUUCCUUAGGAACCGCCUCUGUUGUCUCUUCCCAUCGUCAGCCAUUCCCAUCAGACGCAUGAAUAGUGCCAUUCUUCCCAGAAGCAAGCACCGGUGAUCCAGUUCUUCAACAAUUGUUCUAUGAGCAGAGCUACAUGUUCCAGCCAACUGGGGGGGCAGCUCCCUAAAUGGCAUCCUGUGAAGUAUCUUUUCCCAAUUGUGCCCUACAGCAUUUAAGGCAAGCAUGCUGGCCCAUGUGAUGUGCGCACCCUCCAUUUGUGUGCUUUCCCUGUUCCAGUUGGAUGUUGCUGGUGGGGAAACAGGAUGGGAGAGUAUCACCGUGCGAGUCAGCAUGUCCCUGCGUGAUGGGGGAGAAAGGAAGGAAGAGAGCGUAGCAUGGACACACUAUUAUCUGCGGCCACCCUGUGUAGCAUGUAGUUCUGCCCUUGGUACUUCUUCCCACCUUCCUUCCCUUCUGGUCCACCACUGCUUUCAACUGUUCAAAAUCUUGGGGGUUUUUUUGGUUUCGGGUUUCUUUCUAGCAACCACUCAUAUAUCUAGGUGCUGCAAUUGGUGUUAAUUUGUCCCCCCCCACACACACACAUACUGCCAAAUGUAACAAAUCUAUAUAAACAAGCUUGAGUAAAAUAAAAAUUCCUGGCUUCUUAAAUGGUGUUUAAAUAUGCGUUCAUUUUAACCUACUGAACAACUUAACUGGAAUAUUUCUAAACAGCAUGAACAGGUGUAAUUGCAGCAUGAUUAACUCUCACAGCCUAGGAAAAAAAAUGUCAGCACUUCCAAUGUGUUGUUUGACAGUGUUAUUUAUGUUAUUUAUAUGAGCUAACAAACGAACAAGAGACCUGUGUUUCAUC